GAAUAGAAUAGGAAUAGGAAGAGAAGAGAAGAGAAGAGUAGGAAUGGAAUAGGAAUAGGGGUAGAAAAAUAGGAAUAGGAAUGGAAUAGGAAUAGAAAGGAAUAGGAAUAGGAAUAGGAGUAGAAGAAUAGGAAUAGAAUAGAAUAGGAAUAGGAAUAGGGGUAGAAAAAUAGGAAUAGGAAUGGAAUAGGAAUAGAAUAGAAUAGGAAUAGGAGUAGAAGAAUAGGAAUAGGAAUAGAAUAGGAAUAGGAAUACUACACUACACUGUACUAUAUUGGCCAAGUGUAAUUGGACACACAAGGAAUUUAUCUUUGGUGCAUACGCUCUCAGUGUACGUAAAAGAAAAGAAACGUUCAUCAAGAAUCCUAAGAUACAGUAGAAUUGGAAUCUUUACAAAGUUACAUCUUGUAUGAGAGUCAGUUCCUGAAAAUAAACAAUGGAAUUGGAAUUGGCAUCAUUAUAAAGUUACACCUUAUAUGAGAAUCAGUUCCUGGGGGAAAAAAAACUGCGAUUCAAAUCCUCCUGAUUUGAAUAUAUAAAGAAUCCCUGGAUAUAUAAAAAUUGCUGAUAAUGGAGACUUACUUUCACUUCCUUCAAAAAACGUAUAAUGAUAUAAUUGCUGGUGCUUUGUUAGCCCAAGAUAGUUACAAUUGUGCAGCUCUCCUAAAUCCUUCAUUUUUUUCAUCAGCAAAAAAUUGUGAAUUAUGUGCCUGUCAUUUUUUCCGUAAGUUGGAUGCUCAGGUCUCUUCCAGUCUAGACCCAAUAAACAACGAACAUGAUAUUUCUAAAAACAUUAGCCAUCUGAAGUGCCAUGCCCGGGAAAUUAUUCUGCUUCAGUUAACUUUGAUCGAGAUGAUGCUUGCCAAACUCCAUCUGCAAGAGGUGGCUCCUGAAAUAAAACGGAAAUACAUUGAGAUCUUGAGAAUCUUGCAAGAAUCGAACCUUGCCUCUGAAUUAAUUCAUCUGUUACGUAGUUCAGAUAAACCGCUCUCUCACAUGGCUUCUAAAAGUUUGGCUUCCCUUGUGCAUUUUCAGCUAAGAGAAGAGAAUUCAUUAAAUAGUGCCUGGCUUGCUUUUUGUUUGGAGACUUUAUCAGGAUUUCCUAGUAAUAGUUCGAUAGCAGAAUGCCUCUGGACUUUGACCAAUAUAAUAAAAGAAAUGUUGAAUGAUGACAACACUUGCAAAGAAGGUGACCUGAAGAAACUUCUUACUCCCCUUAACAAUGUGCUGGAGAACUUUUACAGUUCCAUCCUUUCUUAUUAUUCAUCUGCUCACAGUGCUCCACUAUCUGCAAAAUCAACAAAUGACAUGAAUAGCUUUCUAGAUCUCUUUGAGUUGCUUGUAGCUUCCAGGAUUCAGGUGCCACUCAACCUUGGAUGCCAGAGGGUACUGUUUUUGAACUCUUGCGGUAUCGGCUGCCUUGCCACAUCACCUGUUCACGGUUUCAUCAAGAAGAAAUCGAUCGCGUUGCUUAAGAACUGCAUUCUUCACAAAGCGGGCGAAGACCUAAUCAAGACAAAGGCACUUCCUUCCUCAUCCCGGGACCCUUAUUUGGACAACGAUCGAUUAGCAUUGGCUGAUACCGUGCUACACUUUGUGAAUUCUGAUUGGCUGGGCAGGUUGUGUGUUAGUGGAAACACCCGCCAUUUUGAUGGUAGCACAAUUGAACCUCAAGCACAGGUGAAGGGUAACUUUGACAUAGUGCUCUUCAGAUCUUUAAGCUUGCUUCUGCUUAAAGCGUUAGAGACGAAGAUCCAGGAUUUUGCCUACAAAUCUGAAUCGCCAGUUCAUUUGGAGAGUGUUAUGGGUCUACUCUUUACAGUCUUAAAAAGCCACCUGAAGCCUUCUACCAGUGUCUGCUUACUUCAACACCCUUGCAUGUGGAUUUCUCUGUUUAUAGAACAAGAUGAUGAGAUGGUAGAAGCUGUAAAGUCAUUACUCACAAUUUAUUUAAACUUGGAAAGGUUCUGCCCCGACGUUCAUUUUACCCUCUGCCGUUCAGAUGAAAGAACCCAGGACAAUCGGACGCAUCAGAAUGGCUAUAAUCCCCACUGCCUCUUCUUAUGUCUGUUAGGGAGCGUUGCGUUUGAUGCCACGGUUCUUCUGGAUUUCUUGAUUUCAUCAGAAACCUGCUUCUUGGAAUACUUUGUGCAAUAUUUGAAACUUCUUGUAGAAGACUGGCACCAGUUCGUCCAAGUUUCCAAAUGCUUUAAGUUCACCGUUGGCAAAGAUCUCAGAAUUUGGGAGGAGAACAUGUCUUGCCAGCAGGGAAAGGUCCCCAACUCAGAUCUGACUGGGCAGAGCACUGCAUACGAUACACAGCCUUGUACGGAGGCCCUGAAUUUGUCUACCCUCUGUCAGGGAGACAGUCAAGCCAUGCAACUCAGCCAUUUUGAUUUUGUAACAUCAUCUAGUGACUCACAUUUAUCGGGGGCUUUUCAGAAGCUGGUUGAUUACGACAGCUCAGAAGAUUCUGAUGUAGAAUGCAUACGAGAAGAACGUUUGGCAGACACAGAACAAGAAGCUUCAAACCAUCGAGCCUGUCCAAAUAAAGCCGUUCUUGACGAGAAGGCAAAAACCUCCAAGCAAGAAGGGCUCCUUUUCACUGAGCAAGAUUUGAAUAUUUCAUCAGACUCCGGCAGCAAACUAUCCCCCCCGGAAUUUAAAUUAGCAGAUGAAACUUUCCAGAAAGCAACUGCAUGUUUCCAACAAUUGCAAAAGUCCAUUUCUAGGCUACAUGCAAAACGACUCUUCCCGUACAACCCAAACGCGCUCUUGAAGCUCCUGAGUCAAGUUCAUAUAAUUAGUGAAGAUCACUGAGCUGUUUCAGACUAGUUGGAUUGUAAAGAAAUAUAGUCUUCCGGGUUAAACCCAUAUAUUUGUAAGCAUUGGAAAGGAUGUUCCAGAAAAUUAAUAAGCUCUGAAAUAUGUGGCCCAAAUGCGUUCUUUGGGAUUGGAGUCUAUGUUGUUUAUGAAUUUUCUGCUUGGUUAAAAAACACUGUAGCUUCAAAUUCCUUCAUACAUUUAACUCCAAAAGGGUGUUACUAUCUUGUCCGUGCUAUGUGUGAAUUUUCCCUCAGAGAUUUUUUUCUUUUAAGGCAGUAAAUUCUGAAUUUUGGCACCUUGUUCUGUCUGAGAUCAUUUUGAUAUGAAGGAUAUAUGUCCUUGGAAAGAAUUAGUCACUGUUUUUAAAAAGAGGAUAGCUCUUUUUAAAGAAAACAUAGAAUAGCUCUGUGUUCCCAUACUAAGGAAAGGAAAGUGUGUCAUAAUUAAAUAAUUUAAAGUUUUAUGAAUUGGGAAAGCACGGCUAAAGGGGAAAAGAUUCAACUUUUACAGUUUUUUCUUCAAAAAUGGGUCAUAAGAGCAUUCAGCCUCUUAUAGGUGUAUGCUCUAAUGUUAUAUUGUUUAUGAUAUAAACAGAACAACCUAAGAACAACUUAAGCCCUGGUGGCACAGUAGUGCAGGCUGCCCGCUGCCAGAAGUUCGAUUCUCACCAGCUCAAGGCUCAGCCUUCCAUCCUUCCGAGGUUGCUAAAACAAGCAUCCAGAUUGUUGGGGGCAAUUUGCUGACCUUGUAAACCGCAUAGAGAGAGAGAUCGAGAGCUGUAAAGCACUAAGAAGCGGUAUAUAAGUCUUAAGUGCUAUUGCUAUUAACUUGUUAUUCAACAGCCUAUUUGUUUGCAGAGAGCGGUAGCUAGAACUGACUUCCUUAAUUAUUCUGGGUGGCCUACAGAACACAGUAAACGUGUCAAUAAGGAAAAACGUGAGCCUGAGGAAAUAAGUGUGUUUUGGAAUCCUGCUAAACAGCAAAAAAGGAAGUGGCUUGAAACUUCAGUAUCAACAGCACUUUGUUCCACAAGGAUGCUCUUUGCUAUGGAGAAAGGGCAUCCAUGUUACCAAAUAGUUGUUGGACCUGUCCAAGGUGCCAUAUUGAUGCAUAAAUGAGGGCACGAGAUGGGAUUGACUGUAUGGGAGUUAAUGGUGCUGGCGGCAGCAUAAAUGCAAAUUAUUUCAUAUACUGUGAAAGCUUGAGUGGUUUUGGAAGAUAACUAGCAGCCGGUAAAGCUGUUUCAUAUUUUUUUUUAAUUUGCAUUUAUAUCCCGCCCUUCUCCGAAGACUCAGGGCGGCUUACACUAUGUUAAGCAAUAGUCUUCAUCCAUUUGUGUAUUAUAUACAAAGUCAACUUUUUAUUGCCCCCAACAAUCUGGGUCCUCAUUUUACCUACCUUAUAAAGAAUGGAAGACUGAGUCAACCUUGGGCCUGAUGGGACUUGAACCUGCAGUAAUUGCAAGCAGCUGUGUUAAUAACAGACUGCCUUAGCAGCCUGAGCCACCAGAGGCAUUGAAGGUAAUGCAAGACCUUGCCACUUAAUUUUAUACUGCCACAUUCUGGGCCAGCUGCACUGUGCACUUUAAGGGUGGUUCCCCCAAAAAGCACAUCACAGCCAUUUAGUUUUGAGUUCCCAGUAUAUCAGUCACUGAGAGGUCCAGUGAAUGACCCUCUAGUCUAGAACAUCUUUCUUUGAAUCCACAACAUUCCUACUAAGUGCUUAGUUUCUUCUCGUUCUGGGCAAAUCCUUCUUUUACUUUAAUGUUUCAAAUGUGUUAAUUGAACAUUCAAUUCAUAAUGUUGCCAUUUGUUUUGUUGUCUUAAAACAUAUGAAGAAUGGUUGCUGGAAUUGGGCAUGUCUAGUUUAAUUGAAAGGCCUGGGGCAGGAGUGAAAUGCUACCUGUUCGCUCUGGUUCGGGCAAACUGGUAGUGAUAAAAACUACUGGUUUGGGUUAGCUGCUGGUUCAGUUGCACCGGCAGUUUAAAAAGCUACUAGUUCUAGCAAAUCGGUAAUUAAAAAAAGCUACCGGUUCCCCCAAACCAGUAUUUACAAUAAUCAGCGAGAAAUCCUGCUUUCUAGCAAAGCUAAAUCGCACACCACAGCUGAUCCCCCCCACUGUUCUACUUACCUUCCCAAGCCUCCUUUUAGUGCAUACUGCAUAUGCAUGUGCACGCAGCACAUGUGCGGCAUAUAGCGCACAUGUGCGGCAUAUAGCGCACAUGUGCGGCAUAUAGCGCACAUGUGCGGCCAGCGAACUGGUAGCAAACAGUUUGGAUAUUAUCACUGGACUGGGGUGACAUGAUAGCAGUAUUCCAAUAUUAGAGGCUGCCACAAAGAAGAGGGAGUCAAACUAUCCUCCAAAGCCCCUGAGGGCAGGACAAGAAGCAAUGGGUGGAAACUAAUCAAGGAGAGAAGCAACUUAGAACUAAGGAGAAAUUUCAUGAACAGUUAGAACUAUUAAUAAGUGGAACAACUUGCCUGCAGAAGCUGUGAAUCCUACAACACGGGAAGUUUUUAAGAAGAGGUCAGACAAGCAUUUGUCUGAAAUGGUAGGGGGGUUUCCUGCCUUAGCAGGGGGUUGGACUAGAAGACCUCCAAGGUCCCUUCCAACUCUGUUAUUCUGUCUUUAUCUUAUAUGUUUUGUUAUAACCUUCGGCACUGCAAAUUUUAUGCCAUUAAAUUUAAUUUGUUAAGAAAAAUCCAUCUUGAAGGCCACUGAGACAUCUUGCACAUUUUUUUUGAAUGAAGGAUCCAGUUGAUUUUAAUAAAGCUGAAAAUACUUUCUGGGGCUAUUGUUUUAAUUCUAGUAUCUAAGCCUAAAUGGGCAUCAGUAGUAGUAUUGAAAAUGUCAUAGACAUUAGAGUAGAUGACCCCUUCUACAAUCCCUUAUAAUUCUAUGAUUUUAUGAUUUAUUCAUAUUUUAUCAAGAUUCUUAUAAGGAUCUGGGCUUGCUAACACUACAAAUAAAGACUAUUUUAAUAAAAAAAACCUCUAUUGGUUUAAGGCCAGAUAAUAUUAGAAUGAUUUCAGCAUCAUUUCUCUUCUGGGGCAUUGCAAAAUUGACUACAUCGUUUUCAAUUUGUGAAAUCAAUCUCUCUUUUCAAUUCAACGUUCAUGUGUUAAAAUAUAAAGUAUUUCCGGCAUCAAAUCUGUUUCAUUGGAGACAUUGCUUUUUUUCCCUCCUAAAACAAGGGCUAUCCAUUUUGGACCUUAAAAACGGUGGCUUGUUGAUACACCCUGCAUGGUUACUUAAUAGGCUUUUUUUCUGUAAAAAGGGACCUUUGAAAUCAAUUAACAUUGGUCAGAAACAGCAUUUGGUACACUGUUCCAUCUAGGUUAUAUUUAACAAUAUUUAACAUUCCUCCCAUAGUGUGUAAAACACCGCUAGGUUUGUUUCCAAGAUUUAUAGUAAACCUAUGACAGAUACUACAAUGAUACUAUGAUGGAUACUACAUCUGAUUUACUUUAGCCAUGUCAUCAGGGGUGAAAUCCAGCAGGUUCUGACAAGUUCUAGAGAACUGGUAGCAGAAA